AUGGCCCAGGAUUACAAACUCAAGGACAUCACGUCCCUGGCGGACGUCAAGGACAUGGACAAGGUCGAGUGUGAAGUCGACGGUAUCCAGGAUGGUAAGGUCCUUCUGGUUAGGUAUAAUGGUCAGGUUCACGCUAUGACCCCUAAGUGUACCCACUAUGGUGCUCCUUUGAAAUUGGGUGUCGUGGCUCCUGAGGGGAGGAUUACUUGUCCUUGGCAUGGUGCUUGCUUCAAUGUCGAGACUGGUGAUGUCGAGGAUGCACCGGCCCCGAAUGCGUUGAAGAAGUUUGAGGUGUUUGAGAAGAAUGGCGCUGUUUAUAUCAAUGCCAAUGAAGCCGAUGUUAAGGCGGCUCAGAGAGAUCCUGCUAUGAAGUGUAGUGCUUCGCAGCAGGAGAAGUUGGUCGUUGUUGGCGGUGGAAGUGGUACCUUUGGUGUGGUCCAGGCGAUCCGGGAGAUGAAGUACAAGGGUGCCAUUACUGUUAUCACCCGCGAACCGAACCUCAUUAUUGACCGUACGAAGCUGUCCAAGGCGCUGAUUGCGGAUGCCGCGAAGAUCCAGUGGCGGCCUGAGGAGUGGUACAAGGAGGCUUCUAUUGAGGUUGCCCAUGAUGAUGUGACGGGCGUUGAUUUCCAGAAGAAGACGGUGACUACUAAGUCUGGCAAGUCGUACCCUUACACAAAGCUGGUCCUGGCGACAGGAGGUGUGCCGCGCACUCUCCCUCUGGAAGGAUUCAAGGACCUUGGGAACAUCUUCGUGCUCCGCACCAUUCCGGACGUGCAGGCCAUUCACCAGGCACUGGGCGAGCAGAAGAACAAGAAGGUCGUUGUCAUUGGCAGCUCCUUCAUUGGUAUGGAGGUGGGCAACUGCCUUGCCAAGGAGAAUGAUGUCACCAUCGUCGGCAUGGAGAAGGCCCCGAUGGAGCGUGUAAUGGGCGAGCAGGUCGGCCGCAUCUUCCAGGGUAACCUGGAGAAGGCGGGCGUCAAAUUCAAACUCUCCGCCAGCGUGGACAAGGCGACUCCCUCCAGCAGCGAUUCCAGCAAGGUCGGCGCAGUCCACCUGAAAGACGGCACCGUGCUUCCAGCAGAUCUGGUUAUUCUUGGAGUGGGAGUGCGUCCCGCGACUGACUUCCUCCAAGGCAACCCAUCCGUUACCCUCGAGGAGGAUGGAUCCAUCAAGACCAACGAGCACUUUGCGGUCCCCGGUCUGAACGACGACGUCUUUGCUAUCGGCGACAUCGCCACUUACCCGUACCACGGGCCAGGAGCAGACCAGGACAAGGGAACAUACACCCGUAUCGAGCACUGGAACGUGGCCCAAAACGCCGGACGCGGAGUAGCACGCGCAAUUGUCCACAGCGGAUCAUUGCAAUCCCUCAAGCCCAAGGCGUUCAUCCCCAUCUUCUGGUCCGCCCUGGGUGCCCAGCUUCGCUACUGCGGAAGCACUGUGGGCGGAUGGGACGAUCUAGUGAUGAAGGGAGAGCCCGAGAACGCCAAGUUCGCUGCGUAUUACUGCAAGGGAGACACGGUGGUGGCCGUUGCUACGAUGGGCAUGGACCCGGUGAUGGUCAAGAGUGCCGAACUGAUGCGGCGCAAGAAUAUGCCGACUAAGUCGCAGAUCCAGAGUGGAGUGGAUGUGUUGACUGUGGUUGUAUUUAAUAGCGAUGAUAAUGAAUCUAUUGCAAUGAAGACGACUUCGGAGUAA